AUGACCGAUUACCUCGGGCAAUACUCCCUAGCGCUUGACGUCCGAGAUGCACGCGAAAAAGCCCACAAGCAAUACAUCGAUGCUUGUACGCCCGCCCGCCCACCACGGACUCCCAACUUGCGCUGAUUCAAAUAUCUAGACACAAGACUAGCCGACCGAUCAUCAGCAUCCGCCUCUCUCCAUCCCGCACCACCUUCUACCACAACACCCAAACAACCCACCACCACCUCCACCACCUCCCCAACACCAGACCUCCUCACCACCCUCCGCGCCGACCUAGUCAAUACCCAGAAAUCCCGCUCCGCCCUGCAGACAAACCUCACAACGCUCACCCAAGACCUGCAAACCCUCCAGGCAGCCCACACGACAACAACCGCGCAACUCCAGACCCUCACGCGACAAAAGACCGACAUCGAGCGAAGGCUCCGCGAUCGGGAAGAGGAACUGCGGCAGAAGAGGAAAUUCGUGGAGAAUGCGCAGGAUGAGAUGGUGGCGUUGCAGUUGCAGUUGAAUCUCUCCGAGGAGAAGCGUGAACGGGCGGAGAGGGAGAAUGGGGAGUUGGUGGAGAGGUGGAUGAGACGGAUGGGGGAGGAGGCGGAGAGUAUGAAUAGGGAGAGUAGGUGGGGGGAAGGGGAGGGAUCGUGA